CACUGUUCCACAAACACUGUUCCACUCUUCCACCAUCACUGUUCCACUGUUCCACCAUCACUGUUCCACUGUUCCACUGUUCCACCACACUGUUCUACAAUCACUGUUCCACCAACACUGUUCCACCAUCACUGUUCCACUGUUCCACUGUUCCACCACACUGUUCCACAAACACUGUUUUACCGUUCCACCUAUUUCACUAUCACUGUUCCACCUACACUGCUCCACCAACACUAUUCUACUCUUCCACCACACUGUUCCCCUUUCACUGUUCCACUAUUCCACGGUUCCACUGUUCCAUUAGACUGUUCCACCAACACUGUUCCACUGUUCCACCAACACUGUUUCACCAUCACUGUUCCACUACUCCACCAAGACUGUUCCACUAUUCCACCAACACUUUUGCACUGUUCCACCACACUAUUCCACCAACACUGUUCCACUGUUGCACCACACUCUUCAACCAUCACUAUUCCACUGUUCCACCACACUGUUCCACUUUCACUGUUCCACUAUUCCAAGGUUCCACUGUUCCAUUACACUGUUCCACCAACUCUGUUCCACUGUUCCACAAACACUGUUUUACUGUUCCACCUAACUAUUUCGCUUUCAUUGUUCCACCUACACUGUUCCACCAUCACUGUUCCACUGUUACACCAACACUGUUCCACAUUUCCACCAACACUGUUCCACUGUUCCAUCCCACUAUUCCACCAACACUGUUCCACUGUUCCACCACACUGUUCAACCAUCACUAUUCCACUGUUCCAUCACACUGUUCCACUUUCACUGUUCCACUAUUCCACCAACACUGUUCCACUGAUCCACCACACUGUUCCGCCAUCACUGUUCCACUGUUCCACCUACACUGUUCCACCAUCACUGUUCCACUGUUCCACCACACAGUUCCACCAUCACUGUUCCACUAUUCCACCAACACUGUUCCACAGUUCCAUCACACUGUUCCACCAACACUGUUCCACUGUUCCACCACACUGUUCCACAAACACUCUUCCACUGUUCCACCAUCACUGUUCCACUGUUCCACCACAAUGUUCCACUUUCACUGUUCCACUGUUCCACCAACACUGUUCGACAACACUGUUGCACUUUCACUGUUCCACUGUUCCACCACACCGUUCCACAAACACUGUUUUACUAUUCCACCAAACUGUUCCACUAUCACUAUUCCACCUACACUGUUCCACCAUCACUGUUCCACUGUUCCACCAACACUGUUCCACUGAUCCACCACCCUGCUCCACUAUCACUGUUCCACUGUUCCACUGUUGCACCACACUGUGCCACCAACACUUUUCCACUGUUCCACUAUUCCUCCAACACAGUUCCACUGUUCCACCACACUGUUCCACCAUCACUGUUCCACUAUCACUGCUCCACUAUCACACUGUUCCACCAGCACUGUUUCACUGUUCCACCACACUGUUGAACCAGCACUGUUCCACUGUUCCCCAGACUGUUCCAAAAACACUGUUUUACUGUUCCGCCUCACUUUUCCACUAUCACUUUUCCACCUACACUGUUCCACCAUCACUGUUCCACUGUUCCACUAUUCCACAACCACUGUUCCACUGUUCCACCACACUGUUUCACCAUCACUCUUCCACUUUUCCAUUUUCACUGUUCCACUACACUCUUUCACCAACACUGUUACACCUCAGUGUUCCACCAUCACUGUUCCACGUACACUGUUCCAGCAUCACUGUCCCACUCUUCCACCAAAACUGUUCCACCACACUGUUCCACAACCACUGUUCCACUGUUCCACCACACUCUUUCACCAACACUGUUACACCUCAGUGUUCCAGCUUCACUGUUCCACGUACACUGUUCCAGCAUUACUGUCCCACUGUUCCACCAAAACUGUUCCACCACACUGUUCCACCCACACUGUUCUACUAUCACUGUUCCACGCUUCCACCAUCACUGUUUCACUGUUCAACCAACACUGUUCCACUGUUCCCCAGACUGUUCCAAAAACACUGUUUUACUGUUCCGCCUCACUUUUCCACUAUCACUUUUCCACCUACACUGUUCCACCAUCACUGUUCCACUGUUCCACUAUUCCACAACCACUGUUCCACUGUUCCACCACACUGUUUCACCAUCACUCUUCCACUGUUCCAUUUUCACUGUUCCACUACACUCUUUCACCAACACUGUUCCACCUCAGUGUUCCACCAUCACUGUUCCACCUACACUGUUCCAGCAUCACUGUUCCACUGUUCCACUAAAACUGUUCCACCACACUGUUCCACAACCACUGUUCCACUGUUCCACCACACUCUUUCACCAACACUGUUACACCUCAGUGUUCCAGCAUCACUGUUCCACGUACACUGUUCCAGCAUCACUGUUCCAGUGUUCCACCAAAACUGUUCCACCACAAUGUUCCACUAUCGCUGUUCCGCGCUUCCACCAUAACUGUUUCACGGUUCAACGAACACUGUUCCACUGUUCCACCACACUGUUUCACCAUCCAUCUUCUACUGUUCCAUUUUCAUGUACUGUUCCACUGGGCCACUCUUUCACGAACACUGUUCCACCUCAGUGUUCCACCAUCACUGUUCCACCUACACUGUUCCAGCAUCACUGUUCCACUAUCACUGUUCCACCAUCACUAUUCCACUGUUCCACCAUCGCCUUUUUACUUGUUCCACUAUGAGUAUUCCACCAAAACCUGUCCACCACACUGUUCCACCCACACUGUUCCUCUUUUCCACCACACUUUUCCACUAUCACUGUUCCACGGUUCCACCAUCUCUGUUUCACUGUUAACCAACACUGUUCCACUUUUCUACCCCACUGUUCCACUUUCACUUUUCCACCAUCACUAUUCCACUGUUCCCACUGUUCCACGGUUCCACCAUCUCUGUUUCACUGUUUAACCAACACUGUUCCACUUUUCUACCCCACUGUUCCACUUUCACUUUUCCACCAUCACUAUUCCACUGUUUCACCACACUGUUCCACUAUCGCUGUUUCACUUUUCCACUGUGAGUGUUCCACCAAGACUGUUCCACUGUUCCACCACAUUGUUCGUCCAUCACUGUUCCUCUGUUCCACCACACUGUUCCACCAACACUGUUCCACUGUUCUACAAACACUGUUCCUCUGUUCCACCACGCUCUUCCACCACACUGUUCCACCAACACUGUUUCACUGUUCUAG